AUGAAAUGGAAUGCUGGUGAAGCAUUUACUUGGGGUUGGAAGGAAUGCAUUCCAUCAAAGGAUCCUGUUAGGAAGCAGCAGAGUGGCUCGAGUGAGCAAGUGAGUCCAUCAUCACAAGGUUCAAAUGCAGCCAGUGGUAUGACACUGCAGAAUGAGAAUCGGAAGGGAGGGGAGGAAUUGGUAAAGCGGAGGCGGGUUUCAACUGCCAAAGAUGAAGCCGAAGGCCUUUCACUUGGAGAGGACUUCUUUGCUAUCACACCUUCACUUGUGAGUGUUGGCCUUGGAGUGAGGAUCACCAGUGUUGCUACUGGUGGUAGGCAUACUCUGGCCUUGUCAGAUAUAGGACAGAUUUGGGGUUGGGGAUAUGGAGGCGAAGGGCAAUUAGGAUUGGGUUCCCGUAUUAAAAUGGUCUCGUCUCCUCAUCUAGUACCUUGCUUUGAAUCCCCUGGAUCUGGAAAAGAAAGAUCUUUCACAUUGCAUCAAGGAAUAACAACCACGUCUACUCAAGUUUCAAGAGAACCUGGUCGGCAAAUAAAGGCUAUUUCUUGUGGAGGUCGUCAUAGCGCUGCAAUUACAGAUACUGGAGGGUUAAUAACUUUUGGCUGGGGACUCUAUGGACAGUGUGGCCAUGGAAACACAAAUGAUCAGUUAAGGCCCAUGGCUGUGUCAUCAGUGCAGAGUGUUCGGAUGGAAAGUGUAGCAGCUGGAUUGUGGCACACUAUUUGCAUCUCUAGUGAUGGUAAAGUGUAUGCCUUUGGUGGAAACCAAUUUGGUCAACUGGGAACUGGCACUGAUCACGCUGAGAUGAUACCGAGGUUGCUGGAUGGCCAGAAUUUGGAGGGCAAACACGCAAAAGCAAUUAGUUGCGGCGCGCGGCAUAGUGCGGUUUUGGCAGGUAUGGUUUUUAAAUGUUAAUGGCAGAAAGGGACCUCUCUGAACCGAA